UUUUUAUAAAAAAAUCUCUGCAGUUUAUUAAGAAAAGUUGCUAGUAUUAAUGGAACUUGUAAUCAUGGGAACUUGUGUAUGAUUUGAGACUUGGAAUUGGGUUGCUUUGGAGUCUGAAAUAUUUGGUUUUUAUAUUGGCAUGUUACACAUAAAUGCACCAAAAAAGGGUAAUGGAAAGAGGAAAAAUAGAGAACUUUUCUAGUGUUUUUGGAAUUGUUGUAGUACAAAUUUGACUACUGUUACUAGUAGUUUAUUUUGGUCAUUCAUCCAUGCCAAAGAAGAAGACUUCCUUUCUGCAUUAUAUCAUCAAAGGCAACAAUUUACUUCUAUGGGCAUAUGCAUUCACUCCCAAGAUUCAGCUGCCUGCCUCUCUUAAAGCACAAAAAACCAAUAGCCUCACGCCACAUUAAACAAAUCCAUGCCCAGUUAAUCACCAAUGGCCUCAAAGAUCCCUCCUUUUUUGCCAAACUAAUUGAAAACUACUGCUUUUCACCUUCCCCACAAAAUACCCAAUAUGCACAAUUGAUAUUCGAACGCUUUGACACCCAAAGUAUGUUCCUUUUCAACACUUUGUUAAGAUGCAGCCAGCCCAAAGUCUCAAUCUUUACUUUUGCCAACUGGGUUUCAAAAGAACUCUUGGUUUUUGAUGAUUUCACUUACAUUUUUGUGCUUGGAGCCUGUGCUAGAUCACAUUCAUUAUCAAAGUUAUGGUUAGGGAGAUAAAUUCAUGUAAAAGCUUUGAAAUUUGGUGUUAUGUCAAACCUUUUGGUAAAGACUACAUUGAUUCAUUUCUAUGGAAAUAAUAAGGAUAUUUUCUCAGCAAGAAGACUGUUUGAUGAAAUGGCUGAGAGAAGUAGUGUUACAUGGAAUAGCAUUAUUAAGGGCUAUUGUUCACAAAGGGAGAGAGCUAAGAAAUGUUGUAGGGAAGCUUUGGUGCUGUUCAGAGACAUGUUAAAUGAUGUUUCUGGGAUAAAUACUACUGAUACUACCAUGGUUUGUGUUCUGUCAGCUUGUUCUCAAUUGGGAAUGCUUUACGUUGGGGCUUGUAUUCAUGGUUUUAUAGAGAAAACAAUUUUUAGGCCUGAAAAUGAUGUUUUUAUUGGAACUGGUCUUGUUGACAUGUAUGCAAAAUGUGGGUACAUUGACAGUGCUUUAUGUAUUUUUAGACUAAUGAAAGUGAAAAAUGUUUUGACUUGGACUGCCAUGGGAACUGGCUUAGCUGUUCAUGGGAGAGGGAAAGAAGCAUUGGAGCUUUUGGAUGCAAUGGAGGAUUAUGGUAUCAAACCUAAUCCAGUGACUUUGACUAGCUUGUUUUCAGCUUGUUGUCAUGCGAGGCUUGUUAAAGAGGGACUUCAUUUAUUUCACAAUAUGAGGAGCAGGUUUGGUGUUAAGCCUCAGAUACAACAUUAUGGCUGCAUUGUUGAUCUUCUAGGCAGGGCAGGACAUCUAAAUGAAGCGUAUGAUUUCAUCAUAGAAAUGCCAACAAAACCUGAUGCCAUAUUGUGGAGGAGUUUAUUAAGUGCAUGCAAUGUUCAUGGAGAUGUUGCAAUGGCUGAGAAGGUGGGGAAGAUUCUGCUCCGGCUAGAACCACCAAGGAGUUAUGUUCAUAUGCCUGUUACUAGUGAGGAUUAUGUAGCUUUAUCAAAUGUUUAUGCUUCGGCCGGAAGGUGGCAGCAAGCGGAGAUGGUAAGAAAGAGAAUGAAGUUAAAGAGGGUAGAAACCAAACCUGGUGGUAGUUCCAUACAGACCAUCAGCAAUCACCUUGAUGGAUUGUAGGUCUGGUGGUGGGACUCAAUUUUUUGAUAUGGGAAGUGAAAUAGCAAAAUAGUUUUUCUUUCUUUUUUUUUUGAUAAAAUGAGGCAAUGAAAGAAAAGAUGAAAUUAUUGUGGAAAGAAUUCAAUAUUUAUUCAUUUUCAAUAAUGAUUCUCCUGCAGAUUUUCGUGCAGAUAAGGAGCCACCAAAAGAGAAUACCAUGUAAUAUGAAGGGUAGGUAGAAUUUAACACAGGCAAGGAAUAAGAAAAACUUUCCCUUUGAUUAGCAGAAUGGUGUGCGAAUUAGACUUAAUAGAUUGCCAAACUUUUUGCAAAAUGUUGGUCAAAAGAUAAUGUAGAAAUCUAGCAUAAUCCUUUUCUUUCUUUUUAUGCCUCUCCCUUUUAACAAAUAUAAUGAUUACUGGUAAUUGGUAUUCUAAUCAUUUCUUAGAACAGUUUGUUGAUA